AUGUACAUUGGCCCAUGGCAAGAAUACAAGCUUGCCCGGCUGAUCCAGCAUCAGCACCAAGUCUUAGCCCGUGAGUUGUCAGCGCAGGACGUGCGACGAGGCCGGCCCUUUGAUGCCUCCCCAGCGUCCUCCAGGUCCGGCUUCUCGGGCCAGUCCACGCAGAGUGCACCGGCACAUGUGCCAGGACCAUCAGCGCAGGUGCGCUUGAACGACUACUGCGACAGCAUCGAGCGAGCUGAGCGAAGGCGUGGGGCCCCAAGGCCUCGUGCGCCCAGUGGCGGGAGCAGCAACGCCAGCACUCGUCCGUACAGCAGUAGCAGCGGCAGCACCAGAGGUCAAGGUGGCUCAAGCAGUUCCACCAGCUCAGGCAGGGCGGCAGCGAAGCGCGCAGCAGGCCCCAAGAAGUCGGGGAAGCCACCGAAGGCGGUUUCCUUGGAAGAGCAGCGUCGAACGCGGAUCAAGCACAUGCAGAGGCUCUACGGCCUCGGCUCGGAAGCUCCGGACGCUCCGCAGGGCGGGCAGUUUUCGACUACGGAGGGGCAGACUGAGACGAUCGAGACUGAGAACGCCAAAGACGCACCGAAGAAGAGCACCGGGGUUCCCGGCCCAGCUGAAGAGUUCGAACUGUUUGGGAGAGCCGGACAUGACUUGGGGUUGGGCAUGACCAUGCCAAGGAGAACUCCUGAAGAAGCAUCCCCAAAGCUAUUCUAG